CAUGGCAACAGAUUCACCUUCUCGCCAAAAGGCAGAAGAAGAUUUAUGUUGAGUUGUUUGAUGUGGCUCCGCUGAAGUUGACUUUAAGUUUCUCCAGCAGUCCCUGGUUGCUUCGAAAUGGAGUGCUUACAUCUGGAGAAUAUCUUAUACAUAGGGGUCUUAUGGCACUUGCUGAUAUCGAGGGAGCACAAAUUCACCUUAAACAAGUAAUCCUUUCACAACAGCUUGCUAGCUGGGAAUCUGUUCAAGAGAUACUCAUCGAGCAUUACACACAACAAUUUCUUCAUGAGAUGUACAAGGUAUUUGGUUCAGCAGGAGUUAUUGGCAAUCCUAUGGGGUUUGCGAGGAGCAUGGGUCUUGGCCUUAAAGAUUUCUUGUCUGCUCCUGUUCAAAGUGUUUUCCAGACUCGUGCAGGAUUUAUUAAAGGCAUGGCAGAAGGAACCUCUAGUCUUUUGAGUAACACCGUGUAUGCCUUAAGUGAUGCUGCCACCCAAUUCAGCAAAGCUGCACACAAGGGUAUUGUGGCAUUUACUUUUGAUGAUCAGGCUGUCAGAAGUAUGGAAAGGCAGCAAAAGGGAAUAUCCUCCCAUAGCAAAGGGGUGAUAAAUGAAUUUUUAGAGGGUCUAACAGGUCUAUUACAAUCACCUAUUAAAGGGGCAGAGAGACAUGGCCUUCCAGGAGUCCUCUCAGGCAUAGCUCUUGGAGUGACAGGACUUGUGGCAAGACCAGCAGCCAGUAUCCUUGAUAUCACCGGCAAAACUGCACAAAGCAUCAGAAAUCGGAGCAAACUCCAUAAUCGGGGAUCUCAUCGCUUUAGGGUCCGAUUGCCAAGGCAUUUAACUAGAGAACUUCCUUUGCGGCCUUACUCUUGGGAAGAAGCAAUUGGAGUAUCUAUUCUUAGAGAGGCUGACGACCAUAUUAUGCUCAAAGACGAAAUGUUGGUAAUGUGUAAAGCUCUUAGGCAUGAUGGGAAGUUUGUUGUCCUCACUGAGAGGCUUAUAUUAAUUGUCUCCUGCUCCAGUAUAGUAAAAUAUGGGAAGCCCGAGUGUCAAGGAGUGCCUGCUAACCCAGAGUGGUUGGUAGAAACUGAAAUCGGGAUAGAUAGUGUAAUCCAUGCUGAUAACGACGAUGAUGAAGUACAUAUUGUGGGAAGUAGCUCAGAUACAUUGCUAAGGCAGAAUCACAUUUCGCACAAAAGAAGCUGGGCAACUAGGGGAAAGAGAUGGAACAACAAUCCUCGAACUUCUCUUCCGCUUUUCCAGGCCAAUUUGGUUUUCGCAUCAAAUGACCAAGCAGAAGACUUUUUGGCGGUACUUCUAUCUACGAUUGACAAGGCUAAAGAGCGAGGUCGGAGCUCUGUUCAUCUGCUUCAUCAAAAUAAUAUCAGGAAAAUAUAGAACGAUGUAAAGGAUCCAAGUAUUUUGCUAUAUGUACAUUGUACAUUAUGUACAUAAUCUGCUUUGUCCAUUUUCUGUAUAUUUUUUGUUCAUGACUGUUCAAUUAGUCUAAG